CCUGAAAGAGCCUCAGUCCUUAGUCGCUGAGGUGGGGACCAGAUCCGUCCGUCGCACUCCACCCGGCUCCACCCCGUCAGGCUCCCCAGACCCCCCUGCACCCUCCCGCCUCCACGUGGGACGGUCCGACUGAGCUGUCGGCGAGCCAGCACCUUGUCCGCACUCGGAGACCGAGAUGGCUUCAGUGACCGAUGGUAAAACUGGAGUCAAAGAUGCCUCUGACCAGAAUUUUGACUAUAUGUUCAAGCUGCUCAUCAUUGGCAACAGCAGUGUGGGCAAGACCUCAUUCCUCUUCCGCUAUGCUGAUGACACUUUCACCCCAGCCUUCGUUAGCACUGUGGGCAUCGACUUCAAGGUGAAGACAGUCUACCGUCAUGAGAAGCGAGUGAAGCUGCAGAUCUGGGACACAGCUGGACAGGAGCGGUACCGGACCAUCACCACAGCCUAUUACCGUGGGGCCAUGGGCUUCAUUCUGAUGUAUGACAUCACCAAUGAAGAGUCCUUCAAUGCUGUCCAGGACUGGGCUACUCAGAUCAAGACCUACUCCUGGGACAAUGCACAGGUUAUUCUGGUGGGGAACAAAUGUGACAUGGAAGAAGAGAGAGUUGUUCCCACUGAGAAGGGUCGGCUCCUUGCAGAGCAGCUUGGUAUGUGCAAGAUGCAUGUGUACACUGGUUUUGACUUCUUUGAAGCCAGUGCCAAGGAGAACAUCAGUGUGAGGCAGGCCUUCGAACGCCUGGUGGAUGCCAUUUGUGAUAAGAUGUCUGAUUCGCUGGACACAGACCCCUCUGUGCUGGGUGCCUCCAAGAAUACGCGUCUCUCGGACACCCCACCACUGCUGCAGCAGAACUGCUCAUGCUAGGCAAUGCCCACUCUCCGGCCUCCCCUAUUGUGCCCCUACAUGCACUUUGCUUCUCCCUGUUACACAGUGUCCAUUCCCAGCCUCCCGGGCAAGCUGAGUUGCUGCUGUUCUUUGCCAUCCCCCAGGGGGUUCUCUGCAGAUGGCCCCAAUUACAGACACUCAGUACUAGACUAAUAGCACAGGUCAUGGCAUGGGCGGAGAUACCCUUUACAAAUGAAAACUCCAUUUUAUGAAGAGGAUUCAACACAGGUUCUUGUAAAAAGAGUCUACUUUCUGCCUUUAUGAUAAGAUUUCCUCCACUUACUAAAAAUUGUCACACACCCACACUUUUCAGGAGCUGGCCAAAUGUGUAAAGUGAGGCCUACCUCUACAGCUAAUCCUAUUAAAGAAAACUUCCCAAAGUACAAUCUUCUUGCUUCAUAUCAGGCUCCCUGUGGAGUUUUCUCUUACCACAAGUCAAGCUUUGGCUCACAAAGUCCCAUGCUUGUUACAACGGAUGCCCACAGGGCCUGGGCAGUUGCUGUGGUGACAGGCCAGCACUAAUCUCUGGAGAGCUCAGACUCUCUAGUGAUGCUGAAAGGAGCAAAGGCUGAGUCAGAAAUACACUUAAAAGGAUUAUCUCCUGCAAAAUGUCAAAGGUACCCGCUGUAUGAAAGAGUAAGCAAGUGAGUGCAAGAAAGAGAAAGAGAAAAAAAUAUAUAGGCAAGAUAAAGAAUGGGUCAUAACUUUCUGAUUUUGCUGCUUUCCAGCUGGUUCUUGAUUGUGGGGACUCCAUGAAAUUGGUCUUUGGAUCUUAGGCUCCCAGGACCUGAUAAUUUUAGAGUUGGUGGGAUCUCUAAAUUUAUCUAGUCUGAUUAAUCAGUCCCAAACCUUCCCAUCUCUGACAAGUAGCUGUUAGGCCCUGCAACCAAUUUUUCUUUUAAAACCCAACUUCAGGGAGGGACCAUAUCUUUGCACAGCUCUCAGAUUCAGAAAGUUUUCCUUGCUUCAAGCUGGAAUCUGCCUCUCGUAGAUUCUUCUUCCUCUUCCCACCCCUUUUGUACCAGCUUUGCUGCAGAGAUCUUACCGUCUCAGCUCUUUCUGCCCACGAUACUCUCAUAAUUUGAGAACAGGAAUCAUGACCUCUAGGACCUGCCCUUUCUUUAAGUCAAAUCCCCCUAAAAUUCUGUCAUUCACAGGUUUUUCCUCCCAUCCUGCCCCUUUCCUCUCACCCACCUAUCAGUUACUUCUGAGCAGUCCCACUGGGAAAUGUGAUUCCAAGCAGAAUAAAUCAAAAGGGGCAUGGCCCUGACAAACUUGAGAAAAUUGAAUUCAGAGGUCCCAAUAUCGACCCUUUUGUCCUGGGAGCGACACCUUGGUGUCUAUCAAAGAGCCCAUUUCUGGUGGAAGCCCCUUAAUUAAGCUCCUGAAGAAAACAACAAAUCCAAACCAAACUAAACCAAAACAGUAGAUACUCUGAGGCCUGAAUGGAUUAGCUUAUGAUUCCAGCUUGCUGUGGACACAGAAACACAUUUGGGGUUAUCUGAAAUAAUGACAUGGAACUAGCAAUUAUUUCUGAAAAUGUUCUUUCUCAACCAUGGCCCGAAUCCCCAGCCUUCUCUCCUGCACUAACAUGCCACCUCAAAAGUCAGUGUGUAUUUAGGGAAAGAGUCUUUCCUCAGUUUUCUAUUUCAAAUGCAUUUCAUUGUCCUAGGAAAAUGAAUUAGCUGGCAACAGGUCAAAUGACCAAAUAAAAGAACCAUCCAGAGUCAUCUCUAUGGAAAUGUUGCUUUUUUGAUGCAAUGCAGAGGACAAAAUUGACUUGCAGUUAGGAGACCUAGACUCUGCCAUCUAAUCAAGUGUGACUCUGGAUCAGUUACUUCCCAUCUCUGAGUCUUGAUUCUCCACUUAUAAAGUAAGAGUCUUAUUUGCAUGAUCUUAGGUCCCAUCAGACACAAACAAUUCUGUGAUACGUUUUUUCACCUUCAGCAUUUUAGUUCAUCUGCAGAACAAACCCGAGAGAUCAGGAUUAUCAUCCCAGUGCCAUUUCAACUAACACAGAUUUCAUGCUUACUCUGCACUAGACAUUGUUCCAAGCACUUUACACAUAUUAACUCAUUUAUCUACCUAACAUCUUUGUGAGGGAGGCACUGUAAUUGACCUCAUUUAAACAUGAGGAAAUCGGGUUAGGGGUGCAACUCAGAAGUGCACUUGCUUAGCAUGCAUGAGGCCCUGGGUUCAAUCCUCAGCACUGCAAAAGUAAAAUUAAAUUAAAAAGAUGAGGAAAUGAAGGUACAAAGAGGUUCUUGUUUGCCCAAAGUCACAUAAAUGAGUAAAUGGUAGAGAUGGGGUUCCAGGUUGUAGGUUACAAGAUCUGUGCUCUUAACCACAUUUAUAUUUCUUCUCCUUUAGAUAGAUGUGAUUCAGACAGGUUAAGAAACUUGAGCAAGAUCACACAGCUAGCAAGCAUGAGAGGCAAAUUAGGAUACAAUGCCAGGGCCAUCAGACUGCAGAUACACUGGAGAAAAGACUUAUGUCUCUAAUCUGUUAACAAAUUGCUCAACUACUCAGACUAAUCUGAGGUGAUGGAUGUCUCAUGCUCAGGAAAGCAGAGUUAGUCUCCCAGGCAACCAGAUCCCGUAGGUCUAAACAGAAAAUGCCCAGUGAUUCUCAGGGCCAAGUGCUGGCUUUCCUUACACUUGCCUCUGUCAGGUCAUACUUAUCUGACUCCCAAGCAGUGUUUGAGCAGCCUCCAUGCUACUGCAAUGGGGCAUGCUAGGUGCAUGACUUGAUUGACUUCUCCAUGGAAAUAUAUAUUCCCUUCACAGGGGGUUGGUUCUGGAUGUGUGUGUGUGUGUGUGUGUGUGUGUGUGUGUGUGUGUGUGUGUGUUUAACCUAGGGAUUCUCUACCACUGAGUCAC